ACUAUACCUACGCGCAUUGUUUUGCAUGUCAUAACGUUGCGAGUGCAGUUCACUGUUAAACUACCGUUUCCGCUUGACUGCGCUAAACCAUGGAGCGUGCUCCUUGCCCAAAAGCAGAGGCAAAGAAGAAAGGACCGGUCAAGGCGGCUUUGGGAACAGGCGACAUUUUUGUGAUCAAGGUGGGGACAUCCUCCCUGGUUCGUCCCGAGCAGCAAACGCUCAACCUGACCAACCUAGCGCGCAUCUCGGAAACCGUCAAACUGCUGAAACAUGAAGGCCACCAUGUGAUCAUAGUGACAAGCGGCGCAGUGGGUGUGGGCUGCCAGCGGCUGGGUCUGGCCACCCGCCCCUCGGGUCUCGCCAAGAAGCAGGCGCUGGCGGCGGUGGGUCAGGUGCACCUGAUGAAGUACUACGAGGACUUCCUGGCAGCGUUGGGGCUGACCUGCGCCCAGGUGCUGCUGACGCUGGACAACCUGGCCAACCGCAGCCAGUACCUCAACGCGCGCAACACCUUCACCGAGCUGCUCGCGUACGGAGUCAUUCCGGUGGUCAACGAGAAUGACACCGUUGCUGUUCAGGAGCUGCGUUUCGGCGACAACGACACGCUGUCUGCGCAGGUGGCGGCGCUGGUGCAGGCGGACUGGCUAUUCCUGCUCACGGACGUCGACUGCCUAUACACGGCCAACCCCAAGGACGACCCCAACGCGACACCCAUCUACGAGGUGGCUGACAUCUCGCACCUCCACGCCGACACAAGCACCCGAGGCACGCAGUGGGGCACGGGCGGCAUGGCAACCAAGCUUACCGCGGGGCGCAUCGCCACUGCCGCCGGGUGUACCAUGGUCAUCUGCAACAGCAACAAGCCCGAGAACAUCGUGCCCAUCGUCAAGGGCGAGCCCCGGCUGGGCACAAAGUUCUUUCCUCUGCCGCACCGUCUUAAGGGCCGCAAGCGGUGGAUCCUCUCGGUGCCCGUCAGGGGUCAGCUCUGGCUGGACGAGGGGGCAGUCCACGCGGUGCGGGACAAGCACAAGUCGUUGUUCGCGGCGGGCAUCUCGCAAGUGGUCGGGGACUUCCACGCGCAGGACUGCGUAUCCCUGUGCGACGUGACGGGUGUGGAGCUGGCUCGCGGCCUGGUCAACUUUUCGAGCGAGGAUGUGGGCGCGGUGGCGGGGCGCGGCAACGGACACGGAAACGGCGGCGGCCGGGGUCGGGGAGCCCAGCCGGUGGCGGAGCACAUGGGCUUUCCCACCAUGGAGGAGGUGGUGCACCGAGAGAACAUGGUGCUGCUGGCGAGCGAGGUGGACAGCGACGAUGACCACGGAACGUCUGAAGUGGUGUCCAAAGUCGCAUCCAUGGCCGUAAUCGCGGAUGGAGAGGGCGGGAGUGCUGCUGCUGUCGCGCCGGCGGUUGCAGUUGCUGCAGCAGCUGCUGCUGCCGUUGAGGCCCUUGCAGCGGACGAUGCAGCUACGUCGUCCUAAGCUGUUCGGUGUGGUGGGAAGUUGCAGGAUGGUUGGUUGCGCAACUUGGCGCGUGCGAACUCGCGCUGCGUGCUGUUGGGAUUUUGUGAUGAGGUAGAUUGGGUAAUUUGGUAGCAGGUCAAAAAGGGAGUUGUAGAAGGUAUGCAGCGUAACGCUGCAAGUAUUACUUCUCAAAAGGAUGUUGCAGGUGAGGUCUUUCCGUUGCGGCCUAGACCUCUGCCCGGCGCUUCAAAGUCUUGUACUGUACACUGCGUAGGGUUCGCGAUGUGGGUUCAGCGUUGGUUGCUGCGCUCCACCGGCAUGCAGGUCUGACUGAUACCGGUACUGUGGUGAAAUGAAACUAGUAUUCAAGCAUUCCGCAUUUCGAGGUUAAGGGUGACAACUACAAAAUCUGACUCGAUCAUUGAAGUUCGGCAUGCUUGCCUCGUUGCGUGGGUCUCAUGUACAUGGUAGAUCGAUUGUACGGCAAUAAUUUGUAAUCUCACAAAUCUCGCCAAGCCCAAAUUUCGCAAAGCCCACAUAAAAAGUGAAAGACACCUUGUGACGACGUGGACUUGCAAAUCGACGUUUUUUUAUGCACAACUUGUACUUGUACUGACAAUACAGUACAGGUAUACAUCGACUAGCAUAUUUUUCUUUCCGGUUUCCCUGGCCAUCAAGCCACCGAGCUCUCUUGUUAUAUUGCUCACCACAUCGACCCAUAUAUAAGGUCCCACGACGACAUUUUCUGUUAAGCCGCUUCAACCAUGACGAUUGAGGCAUGUCAAGUACCGGUAGCCGAGGCUUGCAUAGAGGCGUCGACGGCGAGGCCAAGAGGCUACGUGAAGGACGUGCUCGGGACGGACUCCUCGAUUUUCGUGAUUAAGGUUGGCACGUCAAGCCUUGUGCGCCCAGAGCAUCAUACGCUAAAUCUGUCGAACUUGGCACGUCUAUGCGAAGCAGUUAAAGAGUUGCGUGCGGAAGGACAUCACGUCAUUAUUGUUACAAGCGGUGCCGUUGGCAUCGGCUGCCAGCACCUUGGGCUGGCGGCACCCGAGCGUCAGAAGAAACGUGCUUUGGCGGCUAUCGGUCAGGUCCAACUGAUUCGGUAUUACGAGAACUUCUUGGGGGCGCUGGGAUUGACCUGCGCCCAGGUGCUGCUCACGCUCGACAACCUGGCCAACCGCAGCCAGUACCUGAACGCGCGCAACACCUUCACCGAGCUGCUCGCGUACGGAGUCAUUCCGGUGGUCAACGAGAAUGACACCGUUGCCGUUCAGGAGCUGCGCUUCGGCGACAACGACACGCUGUCUGCGCAGGUGGCGGCGCUGGUUCAGGCGGACUGGCUGUUCCUGCUCACAGACGUCGACUGCCUAUACACGGCCAACCCCAAGGACGACCCCACCGCGACGCCCAUCUACGAGGUAGAGGACAUCUCGCACCUCCACGCCGACACAAGCACCCGAGGCACGCAGUGGGGCACGGGCGGCAUGGCAACCAAGCUCACCGCGGGGCGCAUCGCAACCGCCGCCGGGUGCACCAUGGUCAUCUGCAACAGCAACACGCCCGAGAACAUCGUACGCAUCGCUCGGGGCGAGCCCCGGCUGGGCACCAAGUUCUUCCCGCUGCCGCACUGCCUCAAGGGCCGCAAGCGCUGGAUCCUCUCAGUGCCAGUCAGGGGCAAGCUGUGGCUGAGCGCGGCGGCGGUGCGAGCCGUGCGCGACCGGCGCCGCCCACUGGUGGCCUCUGGCGUUGAGCAGCUCGAGGGGGAUUUCCACGUGCAGGAGUGCGUGUCUCUGUUGGACCCCUCGGGCUGCGAGUUCGCACGAGGUCUAGCCAGCAUGGCGGCCCCGGAGCUUGGGGCGCUGCUGGGAGGCGCUCCGGAGACGCAUCAUCACCCCGAGGCCCAUGCAGCCGGCAGCCCGCACGACCCACAUGAGGAUUGCCUGCCGUGCGCCAGCUUGGAGAUCGUCAUCCAGCGGGGCAAUCUGGUUCCGCUGGCGGCGAGUGAGGACGGCGCGGCCUCGGAGGAGCAGCCGGCAGCUGCACCCGCCGAGUCCAAGAUGACGGCGGCGCCUGCUCCGUCGGUCAAGGCUUCUGCGUCAGACCAAGACCUUGUCAAGGCGGUGGCAGCACUGAAAGUGUCGGCGGCACCACACAGCGGUAGCAGCAACGGCUGCAGGGGCGGAGGCUGUGGUGGGCAGGGCUGCUGCCGCGUGCAGUCGAAGUCCGCGACCCACGGGUCGGCGUAUUCGUCGGUGUCCGCAAAGGAUGCGGCCCUGCACCACCUCGGGAACGCAGUGGGCGGCCGCAUGGCUGCGUCGGCAACAGCUUAGAGCAGGGGCAGCAGCAGCGCAUGUACGGUGCAAGGUGAUUGCUAUUGCUAACGGUGCUCAGUGCGAACGGGAGCGAGGAGUGAUGGGUCUUUAUGUUUAUGCAUGAGUACUUCGCGGUGUAGUGGCAGGUGUAGUGGCAGCCUUCGUAAUUUAUAUUGCGAGAUCCCCAACAUCGGGCGCAUUGCUCUGAUGCUUGUCAAGGAUUCGUUAUUGUGACGGCAGUUACUAAUUCUGCAUUGGGGGAGCAUUCUCGUACUAUGUUGCAUUUACCGGUAGUCCGAAGCUCUGGAUAUUUUUUUUGAUGGCUGGUUUUCUUUGUUCGCUG